GCGAACUUCUGCGCUGCAGCGGCAAUCCGGCAAUCAUUCGUUCGGCGUGUCUCGUCUAGUCUGCGUACGUACGCAUCUGACGCCCGCGACCAAUUUGCUUUAUGUUAUUUCAUUGCAAGGAAGCAAACACUUCGUCUGUGGCAGUUUUGAACAAGCAACGAAUGCGUAAUUAUUCGUACGGCUUUCAAACACGGACUAACCCCUGCGUCGCCGGCGAUUGGUCAGCGUUCAGAUCGCAACGGCGCUGGCGUGUUGUGCGUCUGUGUGAAAGUACACGUGCCAUGUGAAAACACGCACCUGGUGCUUCGGAACAUCCAAGCCUCCUCUAGCGGAUUAUCCACUCUUCGUCGCAGACAGAUUAUCGAACCGACGCCGACGCGAUGCUACUCGCAUUCAUUGUAAGCACUACAGUUGAUUGUUGAAUACGAUCGUGUUUUGUUUAUCGAUAAACAAAUGUACACGCGUCGUCAAUAGCAACGCAUCAACAACCUGCAAUAACAAUGCCACAUCAAUACGGUUUGCCAGGCAUCGCACACGCUCAAUCACCACCGACGCCUCCGCCACAUCAUGGUGCUAUGUAUCCGCGCUUCUCCGGCGCCGUUGUGCCUGGUGGAAUUCGAGAAGAUCGGCGCCUCACCAGAGAGGCUAUGGAGCGAUAUUUACGUGAACGAUCCGAUAUGGUAAUUGUUAUUUUGCACGCAAAAGUUGCUCAGAAGUCCUACGGCAAUGAAAAACGCUUCUUUUGCCCACCACCCUGCAUUUAUCUCUUUGGUGAUGGCUGGAGACUGAGGCAAGACCAAAUGCAAAGAGAAGGUGAAUCUGAACAAGCCUCACAACUGUGUGCAUUUAUUGGAAUUGGCAAUUCUGACCAAGAUAUGCAGCAGUUAGAUUUAAACAAUGGCAAGCAGUAUUGUGCAGCCAAAACUUUGUACAUUUCUGAUUCAGACAAGCGUAAGCAUUUCAUGUUGUCAGUGAAGAUGUUCUAUGGUUCUGGACAAGAUAUUGGAGUGUUUCACAGUAAGCGUAUUAAAGUAAUAUCAAAACCAUCUAAGAAGAAACAAAGUUUGAAGAAUGCAGAUCUGUGCAUUGCAAGUGGCACUAAAGUAGCAUUGUUUAAUAGAUUAAGAUCACAAACAGUGAGCACAAGGUACCUUCAUGUUGAAAAUGGACACUUUCAUGCAAGUUCUACUCAAUGGGGAGCUUUUACAAUACAUUUAUUAGAUGAUAAUGAGUCAGAAAGUGAAGAGUUUCAAGUUAGAGAUGGUUACAUUCAUUAUGGUGCUACUGUGAAGUUAGUCUGCUCAGUAACAGGCAUGGCUCUACCAAGAUUAAUAAUUAGAAAGGUGGACAAACAACAAGCACUUUUAGAGGCAGAUGAUCCAGUUUCUCAACUUCACAAAUGCGCGUUUUACAUGAAAGACACCGAUCGGAUGUACCUGUGUCUUUCUCAGGAGCGCAUUAUUCAGUUUCAAGCAACGCCAUGUCCCAAGGAGCCUAACAAGGAGAUGAUCAAUGAUGGUGCUUGCUGGACAAUCAUUUCGACGGACAAAGCCGAAUAUCAGUAUUAUGAAGGUAUGGGACCUGUUCGAUCACCUGUGACACCAGUUCCACUUGUGCAUAGUCUUCAUCUUAAUGGAGGUGGCGAUGUUGCUAUGCUCGAACUAACGGGGGAUAACUUUUCCCCAAAUUUGCAAGUUUGGUUUGGUGAUGUAGAAGCUGAGACAAUGUACAGGUGCCAGGAGAGUAUGCUCUGUGUGGUGCCAGACAUCUCACAGUUUCGAGGUGAGUGGCUCUGGGUGCGACAACCGACGCAAGUCCCAGUUUCACUGGUUCGAAACGAUGGCAUCAUAUACGCUACUGGAUUAACAUUUACUUACACGCCAGAACCAGGUCCGAGGCCACAUUGUCCGCCGGCGGACGAUAUUAUGCGCACCGGACAGAGGGCUAAUGCACCGACGGCGCCCAUGAGCAACGAGCAGUGGAAUACUGGAAUGCACUAAAUUUGACUAGAUUGUAUUUCGGCAUGAACUUAAUUAUGGAUGUGUCGCGCAACACAGUGUAUUUAUAAAUCUUUUGUGAUUAUUGAGAUGUGAAAGAUACGAUUGCGAGUUUUAUUGAGGAUUUAAUUGUGCACGUAUCUUAAAAAAUAAUUAUUUAUAUUUCGGACGAUGGAACUGAAGAAGGCAGUAAAUUAAUGUAAAUGUAAGAUAUUUUUUUAUAGGCCAAAGCUGUAUUUUACUAUCGACGCUAAUUUGAUAAGUCACUCAUUAGCAAACAUAGUAUUAAUAGUAUGUAAUGUUAGCUGACUAUAUAGUAUUGAAUAUUUUUAAAUUUUACUAUGUUGACUCAGAUGUAAGACGAAUCUCUCUAUGAAACUGCAAGCCAACGAACAAGUUAAAUUUUAUAAACAUAUUUAUAUAAUAUAGAACGGCGUAACCCAAGUCACUGAUGCUGCAAUGAUACUGCGAAUGUGUACAUAAUAUAUAAAACUCUGAACUUAAAUGUUUUAAGUUUUGAAGCGUUCACAAUGAACGAGGACGAAUGGAGCGAAAUAAACAUAUCUCAAUUA